AACAGAUGUGCCUCAGCUUAACUGCGUUGUUUGUCUUAAAAGAAAUCAAAAUAUACGUACAUGUAGGUAGAUAAUCUCCUGAAUCAUUUUGAUGCGUAUUUCCUUUGGGAAAAUGCAUCUUGGUGUCAACGUGACAUUACUUUUAUUAUGCUUACAAGGAAUCUUGACAGAAUUGCCACCAAAAGAGAUCGUUCAAGUAUCAUGUCCUCUAAUAGGAUGUGACAUACCAUGUUCGGUAGAGGAAGAAUACGAGCGAGAUGGAGAGACCGGAUGUCAAACGUCAUGCAAAUGCGUGCCAAAGAUGUCAAUCGCCAUGGAACUACCCCCAGUCGACUCAUUUGUCUUGGACGACCAGGUCGUUUGUCCAAUGGUUGUGGUAGAAUGCGAAGAUGAAUGUGUAAAGACGACAGAUGCCGAAGGUUGUGACGUUUGCAUAUGUCCGGAACCUGUAGACCCAAUUGUCUUGGACGACCAGGUCGUUUGUCCAAUGGUUGUAGUAGAAUGCGAAGAUGGAUGUGAAAAGAGAACAGAUACCGAAGGUUGUGACGUUUGCAUAUGUCCGGAACCUGAGAUUGCGUGCGCAGUUCCCAUGUGCAUCAACGACUGUGGGCUUUUCGGUG